CGAGUCUCGGGUGGAGAGACUGGUAAGAGCCUAUAUGAAGUUUAUGGAUUCUAGCUAACUUAGCCUUACAGGAAACGAUGGAGGCCUUGUCGUGGAAGCCUCCGUAACGGAUGUUGGUGUCAACGAUUUGAACCAAACUACUACAAUCAACGAUGAAUCGGACGAUGAAAGCUCUCUUGCGGACAGUUCCGGCUCCAUUAGCGAUGGGCCCAGCUUUGGAGGAACUUCGAUCCGAUCCCUCGGCAGCAUGUCCAACUUCAGCAUCAUCGACACUACUCUGCGUGAGGGUGAGCAGUUCAUCAAUGGCAAUUACGACACCGAAACCAAGCUCAAGAUUGCUCGAGCUUUGGAUGACAUUGGUGUUGAAUACAUCGAAGUGACUUCCCCUGCUGCGUCUCCUCGGUCCAAGUUGGACUGCGCGGCUAUCUGCAAGCUGGGUCUCAAGGCCAAGGUUCUUUGCCAUAUUCGAUGCAACAUGGACGAUGCCAGAAUCGCAGUUGAAACCGGUGUUGAUGGAAUCAACAUGUGCAUCGGCACUUCCACUCAGCUUAUGGAGCAUUCCCACGGAAAGGAUCUCGAUUGGAUCGCCGCCAAGGCCAAGGAGGUCAUCGAAUUCACCCAAGCCCACGGCAUCGAGGUCCGAUUCUCUGGCGAAGACUCCUUCCGCUCCGACUUCAGUGAGAUUCUGAAGCUCUACUCGCUCAUGGACCGUCUCGGCGCCCACCGCGUUGGAAUUGCCGACACCGUCGGUGGCGCGACUCCUCGUGAGGUCUUUGACAAGAUCUCCACGCUCAAGCAGAUGGUCGGAUGUGAUAUCGAGACUCACUUCCACAAUGAUACUGGUUGUGCUGUCGCCAACGCUUACACUGCGAUUGAGGCUGGGGCCACUCACAUUGACACCACUGUUUUGGGCAUUGGAGAGAGGAAUGGAAUUACUUCCCUUUCUAAGCUCUUGCAUUGUAUGCUUCAGAUGGGUCAUGAUUCUGUUUUGACCAAGUACAAGCUUGAGAAGCUUCCUGCUCUUGAACAGCUUGUCGCCGAAGCUGUUGAUAUCGAGAUCCCCUGGAACAACGCUUCACUUGCGGCAUAUCUCUGAAUGUACUAAAUCAGAGAUCGCCUCGCAGGGCUAGAGCCAAACGGCUAAACUUACCUUUCUAUUCUGCUAAACUUGGAGUGAGGAGUAUCAAGUAGUACUCAUAUAGUGAAUUGAAAAAUCUCGUAUAAGAUAGUGCUGCCCCAGUGUGUUUAGGUUACCCUGCACCAUCGUGUUGCAAGAGUGAUUCGGUACGUUGGUCAACUUGAAGCUGAACCUUUUUUCAUGAGAGAAACCAGUGUCAUUAUUCUAUCCUUGAUAUUAAAAAUUUCGAUAUGAGUACUGAAAUAGUCUUAUAC